AGUCACAACUACAUCUAAUCAACACCAACGCAAGCCAUACGUAUCGCACCCACCAUUCUAUCCCGCAGCCUGUCCCGCGUGCCCACGGCGCAAGGCGCAUGUCUGAGACAUGAUCACCUAAACCCUAAGUGGUCAAGACACUGGGCCUUAUCUUGACGCACCCGUUCGAUCCCCACCCCCCAUCAAUCGGAUCGUCAUAUUAAGGUUCGGGCUCCCCGGACUUCCCACAACUGUUGUGAUGCCGGAUCGGGAGCCUGGAGCAUAUAGGAGCAUCAUGAAUCGAUUAAAUGAUGCUCUAUCUCGGCGGAAGUCGUACGAGCCGCUGAUGGGGAGUCAGUCGGAGGUGUUGGACACGUCCGUGGAUGAAGACGAUACGGGUCUAGAUCCGUUUUCGUGGGUGGACUACAGUAUAUUCUUCUUGCUUGGAAUCGCUAUGCUAUGGGCCUGGAACAUGUUCCUCGCCGCCGGGCCAUACUUGCAAGUCCGCUUCGCCGACAACGACUGGCUAUUGACCAACUUUCAAUCGGGCGAACUCACUGUGUCUACAGCCACGAACUUAGGAACGAUGAUCAUCCUUUCGAAAAUACAAUCGAAAGCCUCAUAUCCUCGACGUAUCGUCAUCUCCCUCCUCAUCAACAUGCUCGUCUUCACCCUCCUCGCGUUCUCGACGAAGCUGUUCCUCAACAUAUCCCCGUCGGCAUACUUCGGUGUCCUGAUCGUCAUGGUGUUUUUCGCAAGCCUGGCCUCCGGGUUCUGCCAGAACGGAGCGUUUGCAUUUGCCUCGAGCUUCGGUCGGGACGAAUACAUGCAAGCCAUCAUGACGGGGCAGGGGGUUGCGGGACUGCUUCCCUCGAUUGCCCAGAUCAUUCUUACAUUGUCCGUUCCAGAUGAUGAUGCGGAUGAAACCGUCGGAACUGGCUCCUCAUCCGCUGCUUUCGCCUACUUCCUAACGGCAACCGGUGUUUCGUUGGUCACGCUGAUCGCAUUCGGAUAUUUACAAAAACGACACCACAGAAUUAAACACCUACGGCGUUACCGUAAACAUCAGACCCGGCACUCCGAAGAUAGAGAUGACCUCUCGAUCGAAGAGCAUGACCCUCUUUCGUCCUCCAUAAUGGCAUCUUCGGUCAUGUCCCGAAGAUACGUUCCUCUCUCCCGGCUCUUCCGAAAGCUUCUGCCGCUGGCCCUCGCGGUCUUCACGACCUUCCUCAUCACCAUGUGUUUCCCCGUGUUUACCCAGCAAAUAUUCUCCGUUACCGAUCCAGCAAAAGCCGGCCCGCUAUUACAGAAUGCUGUUUUCAUCCCCCUUGGCUUCUUGGUCUGGAAUAUCGGCGAUUUCCUUGGCCGCGUAUCAUCCGGGUUCACUGCCCUCCGCACACCACUGGUGACGAGGCCAUACAUGCUCUUCGUCUUGGCCCUGGCUCGAGUCGUCUUUAUUCCGCUGUAUGUAAGCUGUAACAUCAACGGACGAGGCGCGUGGAUCGCUAGCGAUGCGUUCUACCUGCUGAUAAUCCAGCUGCCGUUUGGGUUCACAAAUGGCCUCCUCGGAGCAUCUUCCAUGAUUGGUGCGAACGAGUGGGUUGAUGUGGAAGAGAGGGAGGCCGCGGGUGGGUUUAUGGGCAUGUGCUUGGUUGGAGGACUCACUGCAGGGAGCUUAUUAAGCUUCAUAGCUGCGAGAGCCUAGGUCCGGGCCUUGAGUACGAAGAUCUAGCUGAAACGUAGAGCAUAAGCGGGCGACAUGGGUAUUAGAUGCAUCGGAUGGGAGCAUGGCGUUAUCGAGGAACCGGCUUCUCCAUGCCAUCGGUAGAGUUUUUGAUAUCAGAAUCCGGAGCUACGAUAUAAUACCACAUGACCAUUCACUAACCUUAUUCAAAAUUCUCUGGUCCAUAUCCAUCUGACAUAGUGCUUAUUAACUUCGAUGAGUUCGCCUAACUGGACUA